AUGUCCCGCGUUAAGAAACGGAAAAAAAGAUCGCUUGAUGUACAGAGAAUUGUUCAGAUAGUAAGGAACAAUCCUGACUUACGGCCCGCAAAAGGCGACUCGAGAAAACGUAAUGGUAAAUUCUGGAAGCUAGCUGAGUUCGUCUAUGGUCCUGAAAAUGUAUCAGAAGGGGAAACCCGAGCAGUUUACGACUGUUGGCACCGUCAUUUGAGAAACCUUGAUAUCCCGGUUGAGGAAUCCCGAAGUGUAUCAUCUGACCAAAAAUGCUUUACAAGCAAGGAUACAUACCACAAAGAAAACGAGUGCCAAAUAACCAAAAAUAGAAGUGACAGCGAAAUUGUUUCGAGCAAAUACUCCUCUAGCUUUCUCACCGACGAAUACUCUACAAUCAGUACUUCUUCCGAUUCCGAACGUAUAUCAGACUCCAAUUACGACUGCGAUGGCAGUCACAACCUUUUGCCGGACGACAACAUUCCGUCUCAUUUUGCUGUAAAAUCUGUCAAUGGUGUUGUUCACGUUUCAAACUCUGUGGAAGUAAAGRAAUCACAAGAAGAUUUCAAGCACAACAGAGAAGUAAGAUGCUACCCCUUUGUUGAAAAAAAAAAGAAUCCGACGCGGCACGUAUUGAGGAAAGCUGUUAAGACUCCCAGAAGACUUAAAGAUUACAUUAUURACAGAUUCUUGAGGAGAACAAAACACGAGUUGAGAAGUGACGACGGUUGCUGURGCAUUUCAUCUACAAGCGCAGGGGAGACUGCGCUAGUAUAUACUCCAGUGAAUGACUCAAGAAAAAGAGAAAGGGAUCCAAAAGAGCACUUUUGCCUGUGUGGUGAAGAGGAGAAAGGGGAAUACAUCAUUUGUGAUGUCCAAUGCCAAAAUUGUCUUAUAUUCUACCAUCCUUUGUGCGUUGGGCUGAAUUUUAAAGGUCAGCAGCUGCGGGGAUACUCCAACUGUCCAAAUGGGAAUUCGUAUGUUUGUCCUCUUUGCGAAGAUGUGCUGAAAAAGUGUGGCAUAGAAGUCAACGCAUCUUCAGGUACGGAGGAGGCCGAGUGCAUUGUCAAGUCCGCAAGCAGAACAACCCAAGGAAAUGAUGAUGAAAGUAUUUUGCAAAACCAGGAUAACUUUCAACCUAUAACAAGCUGGAGUGAUUUAGAGUCCUUGGAUGGUGGCACGCAACUUGAGUCUAGAGAGGAAUCAUCAGAAAGUGAUGACAAAAAGAAAACGAACGAACUACCGAGAAGUUCACCAGAAAAUUUGGAAGACGACAGUAAGCUGAAGGAUGGGGACGGAAGUAUUUAUGGAAAAGAGAAGGAAAACCUUUCAAGGGAAACUGUUAGACAUAUGGCAGGUUGUCCAGCUUUUCCAAGCGGAAUGUUUUUUAAUGCGGACAUUGAUCCUCACACAAGAUUUGUUAUUCCCAUUGACCUAUGGGAAGGUUUGAAAAAGAGGUCAACCAAACCACAUAAGCUACAUCGAACGUGGACAUCCAUUUUUUUGCAGUAUCUGCAAAAAGAAUGUAACCCACACUGCGUAUUAGCAAUGAAAGACCACUAUGUUGCCUCGGACAACAGUCGAAAGCAAAAAGGCGAAGAUGUUGCAUUCCGAGCAAGGGCCGUUUGCAAGUUUACUGAUUGUUCCGUUGAAGUGCUCUUAACAAUGAGCAAAAGAAAUGCUUCACUCGGGAUUGUGGAAGUGCAACAGAAAGGACGUAUCAAACACUCAGUGCACGAGAAGAGAGCACAGCACAUCAACGGUCAUGAGCGUCAGAAGAUGUACGACGUUUUUGCAAGCAACGAUGUCAGACCAACAACCGCUUAUCAUCACGAGGUUGCUGAAAGGACAAAGGAAGCAAUUGCUUCAGGUAACAGAAAUGGUGCAGGACUGACAAAAUCUGUGAUGCAGAAAAUAUCGAGUGAGGGAAGAAAGAAGGCAAGACGAAUGAAUGACGACGUACACAAAUCGUUGGCUGAGGUUCAAGCAUACACCGAACUGAAGGAAAGCGAGAGAAACCCAUUAGCGAAAAAUGUGAAGGGAUACAUACAAAAACUAGAACAUGCAAAAGAUCUGGAAAUAUACAUGUGGACAGAAAGACAGGUGCGAUGCUGGAAUGACAUUUGUCAAAAAGGAGCAGCACACUUAGAUGCAACAGGAACUGUAGUAGGAAACUGGAAUGGUAAACGGGUUCUUUACUAUGCGCUAGUUGUCAGUUCUCCGAAAUCGAGCUCGCCGUCCAUACCUGUGGCCGAGAUGCUCACAACCAAACACAACGUACCAACCAUCAGCAGUUUUUUGAAUCAUUUCAAGUAUUCUCAUCAAUUGCUGUCAAAGCGUACAGUUCCGCGACAAAUCAUUACAGACAGAGCCAAUGCUCUAAUGUUAGCUUCCGUUAAGAGUUUCAAUUCCGAAACUAUACAAGCAUUUCUGAAGAGGGCUUAUCGGAUUGUAACAAAGACCGCAACAAUUGACGACUUCAAUUUGAUGAUUCCUCACGUUUGUUGCAGCCACAUGAUGAAGAAUUUCUAUGACGCAAUCAAACGUGCAAACGUACAAGGAGAUUUCAAGCAGUUCUUACUAUACACAUGCUCCUUACUUGUCAAUGCCCGCACACUUGAAGAGCUAACUCAAGCUUAUGAAGACAUUUGUCUUUUGUUGAGUUCAGAAUACUCGUGUCAGGAAGUGGAAGGAGCAUACAAGAAUCUGCAGGAAAAGAUUAAGAAACUGGGGAAGGAACAACAAUUAGAAAUCGAAGAUGUUGGAAAAGCAACGAAGGAGGACGACGCAGCCGAAGACACAGAUUCAGAACGAGCAACGACCAAAGACAACCCCUCCGCAGCACACUUUGAGAAGAAGAGAUUGGCAGUAGAGAGCAGAAAAUUGCAAAUGAACUUCACUACUUCCGCAAACAAAUGUCAAAACGAAGCGUUGCUGAAAUAUAUUGACAAAGCACUUGAGACAUGUCCAUUUUGGAACGCCCUUUUGAUGGGUUCCUUAAAGCGCUUCAAACUUCCUACUCACCCAGAGAAAGCUUUAACAUUCAGAGAGGUGAAGACAAAAACACAGGGUCACAUAGAGAAUUAUUUUAAGAUGGUUAAGAAUCAUGAUUUCAGAGGACGAUCGCACCUGAGGGUUGACGAGUUCUUGAAAGAGCAAUACGGUUACCUAGACAACCGUAUUGUUGCUUUCGGGGAAGAAUCUAUAAAACAGAAAGAUGAAAGAAAGAAAAAGAGUUCCGAGGAAAAGGAAAGAAGUAUGCAGAAUCAAGAUACCUCGGAUGAGUUCGAAUUAGCCAAAGAGACAUGUUGUAAGCCUACCAAAAAGAAGAGACGUAUUACGGGCAAGUAUCAAAACCCUCCAGUGCAAGACUUCCCGAAAAAUGUACUGGUCGAGGAUUUACAGGAAGACGAAAAGUCCAUUGAUAAAAGGAUAGAUGGUUUCCACGUGUUUGCAGAAGCCAGGAGAGGAGAGAUAGAGAGGAAAAAACCCAAACGAGUGAGUUUCAAAAACGCCGCAGCCAAAGAGUGGAACAGACUGACAAAAAAGGAACGUUCUCGAUGGAAUGAAGACGCCAAAGAAAGAAACCAAAAAAGAAAAGAGGACACUACGAGAAGUACAAAGGGGAAAAGCAAGCAGUCUAGCGAGGCAGAGAAUACAACAAGUGAUAGAGUUGAAAAGAGAGAGAUCGAAAUAACGCCGAACCAAAAACACCAUCCGAGGGAAAAGAAACCUCCCAGUAGAGAAGUCAAGUGCCAAAAAACUGACAAAGGGAUUGGGUUUAGAAGAGAAAAGCAGUAAUUUGGGUUACAAGAGCAAGGAAGGAGAGACGAAAGACAUGCUCAGAAAUGUUAAGAAUGCAGCUGAAGGAGAUGAAAUGCUGGACACCGAGAGGGAAAGUGACGACUU